UUGGAGUCCUUAGUUUUCCACAUGUACAUACAUCCCUCUCCCUCUCUUUGCACGUUACUACAGAGUUCUAAUAAGAAAUCAAGGCAACCCUUAUGGCUCUCAACUGCUCUAACCCUUCUCCUUCUUGGAAAAGGUUUUCGGGUUCGCCCUCCGUCUCCACAAAGAGGUAUUAAAAAGCAUUGUGCGAUAAGGAGUCGAUAGUUUGUAGCGUGGAACUGGAUGCAUUGCCUAGCAUGGAGAUGAUCAACGUAAGCGGGGAGGAAGGGGUACAGAGGGAGAGGAGGAGGCCUCAGAGGAUUCAGAUACCGAAACCGUGUUUUGAACUACUAGGGUUUUGUGAGGAGACAGAGAAGCGAGAAACGUCGGUCGACGAUGAGGGGUUUAAAGUUGACGGGAGGAGCGGAUAUUGGUUAGCAAGUAGGAAAGGCACGAGGGGGCACGCUAUGGAAGACGGAUAUAGGAUUCUAACCAACAUCAAUGGAGCUUCGAGACAAGCAUUCUUCGGUGUGUUUGAUGGACAUGGAGGACGAGCAGCCAUGGAGUUUGUCCGAGAGAAGCUCGCCGAUAACAUAGUAGCAGCUCGAGGACGAGCAGCCAUGGAGUUUGUCCGAGAGAAGCUCGCCGAUAACAUAGUAGCAGCUCUAGCCGAUCUUCAACAUGAAGAUGAUCAGUCCUUAGAAGUAGCAGUCAAGAAAGGCUAUUUGGCCACAGAUACAGAAUUUCUUAGCCAAGGUGUAAGAAGUGGAGCAUGUGUAGCUACUGUGCUGUUAAAGGAUGGAGAGCUCGUUGCAUCAAAUGUUGGUGAUUGUAGAGUAGUUGUUAGUAAGAAUGGUGUUGCGGAUGCCCUAACGAGCGAUCAUCGAGCUUCAAGAGAAGAUGAACGGAUCCGGAUUGAGAACUCUGGUGGCUACGUGAGUUGUCAAAAUGGAGUAUGGAGGGUACAAGAUUCACUUGCUAUAUCGCGGGCGAUAGGUGAUGAGAGCUUGAAGAAGUGGAUAAGCUCUGAGCCUGAGACAUCAAAGAUUCAUCUCACACCAGAUUACGAGUUUCUAAUAAUAGCCUCUGAUGGAUUGUGGGAUAAGGUUUGUAAUCAGGAGGCAGUGGACAUUGUUUUGAGACACAAGGAGUACUCUAUUCAAUCUUCUUGCAAAGCGCUUGUUGAUCUUGCUUCUAGUAGAGGGAGUAGGGAUGAUAUUACUGUCAUGUUGGUAGAUUUUCAAAGUUUUCUUUAGAGUUUGACAAAGAGAUGGUCACUUACUAGCUUUAGUGUAGAUAUUUUGUUGGGCAUCAAGGAUGAGAAUGAGGAGCGACUUUUACUUAAAGAGGAAAAAUAUAGCAGUAGUUAGACCAUGAAUUAAGUGUCAUAUUUGUACAGAAAACACUGUCAAUAUUUUGCACCCCGUAAGUUCACUUUUUGGUGGAGAAACGGAGGUGACUUAGAUUGUUUACCUUUCAAAAUUAUA